GUUGCUGAUCAGGGCUAGGCAGCUGCAGCGACGACUGCAGAGGCGCUGCGCCAAGCCGGACUGGAGCGUUGCGAGCCGGCGGGGCUGCGGAGGGCGAGUGGACUCAGGGUUGUUGGGAGGAGUCCAUGGCGUAAUGUACGUAAUGUGCUUGGCAUGGGGCUGGCAUGGAUCGGGGUUCAGGGACCGCUUCUCUCCCAGCAUGGGGAAAGCUCUGGGCUGCCAUGUCCUCAGCUGGGACUCCUGUCACCCAAGCUACUGUCCUUUGUCCCUGCACUGAGAGUGAAGGAGGGGACUGGGUUCUGGAGCUGGCACAGGACUGGCAUGUGGAGCUCUGCCUGUCUGGUGCAGGCCCCCUCCCCACAGCAGCCAACACACAGCCCUGCUCCGGGCUUCUCCCCUCCAGAGGCCCCAUAGGGCUGCCCUCGAGCCCAAGCUCCUAGACUGGAAAGAGGAGCCAGAGGGCCUGAGUUCUCCCAGCCGCUUGCCAAAAGGGCCACAGACAGGUCCCCUGCGGCAUGCUUACUUCCUGCUGGGCCCCACCCGAGUCCCCCCAAAGGACGCCUCUGCCCCAGCCCGCGUCUGCUUCGCCUGAGCCCCCAUUCCCAGUGCAUGCCGGAAUCAGCACGCACAUUUGCACGGUGGGUGCGGCAGGCAUGGCCCUGGGCAGCUGCAUGUGGGGGCAGAGGGGCCCGCUGCACGUAGUCCAUGUGGGCAGCUGCCUGGGCGCGCCCGCCGAGACCUGGGUGGCCGGGGCAGGGUACCUUGCCGUGUUCGUGCGCAUCCAUGUCUUUCUACACGUGUGCUGGUAUGUUGGUCUGUCUUGUCUCCCCUGUAGACGGGAAGCCCCCCGAGCCACGCACCAACGGGCAUUCUGGGACGGUGACGUCGAGACUAGCCCCACCUAACGCGGGGCUCCUGGCCCCGCCCCGGGAGUCCUCCAGCCUGCAGCCCCCGCCGAGGAGGGAGGAUUGACCAGCGCAGGGUGGGGGUCUGAGCGCCAGGGGUCAGGGGUCCCGGCCCAUAGCGUAGAGGGCUCAGUGCGCGAUGACUGCGUGACCUUGGCAAGACCUUCACUCUCGGGGCCCCUUCGCUCGUCUGGAGAAGCUGGGGUUGGCCCUGUGAGUUCUGGCCGCCCCUGAGGCUCUGAGGAUCGAGAUUUUAGUCGGGUGGCGGCGCCUGAGCCAGGCCCUCACUCAGUCCUGCCGAAGAGCGAGAGCAGAAGCCAUGCCGGGCAGCGGCCCCAGCGAGAGGAUGACGUGGCCCGGCCCGGCCCUCCCCGCGGCCCCCCCAACCCGCCCUCUCUCCUCAGCCCCGGGGACACCGCCCAUCCCGCCCCUCACCCGGACCCGCAGCCUCAUGGCCAUGUCCCUGCCGAGCAGACGGGCCUCUGCUGGGUCCCGCAGCGGGGGCCCUUUGGGCCGCAGCGGCCUGGCGGUGUUCGCCCAGUGCCCGCAGCUGCCCACCAGCCAGAAUGAGCACCUGCCUCUUCUCCCCGCCUCCAGGCGCACCUCCCCACCCGUGAGCGUGCGGGAUGCCUAUGGCGCCUCUUCUCUCAGCAGCAGCAGCAACUCGGGCUCCUGCAAAGGCAGCGACAGCAGCCCCACGCCCAGGCGCUCCAUGAAGUACAUGCUGUGCAGUGACAACCACGGCAUCAAGCCCCCCACCCCGGAGCAGUACCUGACCCCACUGCAGCAGAAGGAGGUGUGCAUCCGGCACCUGAAGGCCCGGCUGAAGGACACGCAGGACCGGCUGCAGGACCGGGACACCGAGAUCGAUGACCUGAAGACGCAGCUGUCGCGCAUGCAGGAGGACUGGAUCGAGGAGGAAUGCCACCGCGUGGAGGCCCAGCUGGCCUUGAAGGAGGCCCGGAAGGAGAUCAAGCAGCUCAAGCAGGUCAUCGACACCGUCAAGAACAACCUGAUUGACAAGGACAAGGGCCUGCAGAAGUACUUCGUGGACAUCAACAUCCAGAACAAGAAGCUGGAGACGCUGCUGCACAGCAUGGAGGUGGCCCAGAACGGCACUGCCAAGGAGGAUGGCACCGGGGAGUCAGCCGGCGGCUCCCCCGCCCGCUCCCUCACCCGCAGCUCCACCUACACCAAGCUGAGCGACCCAGCCGUCUGCGGAGACCGCCCCCCCAGCGACCCCCCCGGCGCCAGCGCCGAGGACGGGAACGACAGCGGCUUCGCCACCACCGAAGACACCCUGAGCCGGACGGACGCGCUGGAGGCCAGCAGCCUGCUGUCGUCGGGGGUGGACUGCGGCCCCGAGGAGGCCUCGCUGCACGGCUCCUUCAGCCUGGGCCCCCGCUUCCCCGCCAGCAACACCUACGAGAAGCUGCUGUGUGGCAUGGAGGCCGGCGUGCAGGUGAGCUGCAUGCAGGAGCGUGCCAUCCAGACAGACUUCGUGCAGUACCAGCCCGACCUGGACACCAUCCUGGAGAAAGUGACCAAGGCCCAGGACUGCGGGGCGGGCCCCGCAUCAGGGGGCUGCCCGGAGCUGGAGCCCCAGCCCCCCGGGCCCAGAGACCCCCCCUCAGCCGUGGUGGUGACGGUGGGUGAGGAGCCCGAGGCCCCGGGGCCCAUCACCCACGGGCCCACCCCACUCCGGCCCGGAGCCAACCCCAACCCCAGCCCGUCGGUGAGCGUGGCCUGCCCCGUGGAGGAGGAGGAGGAGGCGGCCGCCCCCGAGAAGGAGCCCAAGAGCUACUGGAGCCGCCACUACAUCGUGGAUCUGCUGGCCGUGGUGGUGCCGGCCGUGCCCACGGUGGCCUGGCUCUGCCGCUCCCAGCGGCGCCAGGGCCAGCCCAUCUACAACAUCAGCUCCCUGCUGCGGGGCUGCUGCACCGUGGCCUUGCACUCUAUCCGCAGGAUCAGCUGCCGCUCGCUGAGCCCGCCCGGCCCCAGCGCCGCGGGCGGGGGCUCCCAGCUCUGAGGAGCCGCCGGCCAGCAGCCCGGCGG